UGAGUUCAUGGUGGAGGAGCAUGAGCUGCAGAAGGAGAAGAUUCAGGAGGACUACAAUGACAAAUACUGGGAUCAAAGAUACACAGUGGUCCAGCAGCAAAUUCCCUCAUUCCUGCAGAAAAUGGCUGAUAAAAUCCUCAGCACAGGGAAAUACUUGAAUGUUGUGAGGGAAUGUGGGAGAGAUGUGACCUGUCCUGUGGCUAAAGAGGUCAUCUACACUCUAAAGGAGAGAGCAUAUGUGGAACAAAUAGAAAAAGCGUAUAACUAUGCGAGCAAAGUUCUGCUGGACUUCCUGAUGGAGGAGAAAGAGCUGGUGGCUCACCUAAGGUCUAUAAAACACUAUUUCCUGAUGGAUCAAGGAGACUUCUUUGUCCACUUCAUGGAUCUCACAGAAGAGGAACUCAAGAAGCCUGUGGACGACAUCAUAACGACGAGGCUGGAGGCUCUACUAGAGUUAGCCUUGAGGAUGAGCACAGCCAACACAGACCCUUUCAAGGAUGAUCUAAAGAUUGACUUGAUGCCCCAUGAUCUCAUCACACAGCUCUUGAGGGUAUUGGCGAUAGAAACAAAGCAGGAGAAAGCCAUCAUUAGUGCAGAUCCCACUGAGCUCACCCUCAGUGGUCUGGAAGCAUUUUCCUUUGACUACAUUGUUAAGUGGCCUCUGUCCCUUAUCAUAAACAGGAAAGCUCUGACAAGGUACCAGAUGCUUUUCAGACACAUGUUCUACUGCAAACACGUGGAGAGACAGUUGUGCAACGUUUGGAUCAGCAACAAGACAGCCAAGCAGUUCUCCCUGCAUUCAGCUAAGUGGUUUGCUGGAGCCUUCACACUGCGGCAGAGGAUGCUGAAUUUUGUGCAGAAUAUCCAGUACUAUAUGAUGUUUGAAGUGAUGGAGCCAACCUGGCACAUCCUGGAGAAGAACCUCAAGCUG